AUUCAUCCUUUCAUUAUCGAGCGCUCUCGUUAUUAGCGUUUGAACGCAGGAAACGGAGCAUUUGUUUCGCAUUCAGUUUUCAACCGCCAUCCCGUUGUAUUGAGAAACAUGGUUAAAUUGCAUUUAAAAACCACCUGCCGUGAAGUCCCGAUCGAAGAGAUAAUUUCUACUGGACAGAUCCAAUUCUUCAAGCAUUUAUCAGAAAGUACUUCCGAAUUCAAAGACCAAAAAAACGUUGAACGUUUCCGUUUGAUUUAUAACGGAAGAGCAUUGAAUGAAGAGAGCCUAAAAAAGAUUACUGAUGCUGAUUCAAUCAGAGUCGUGCUGCUUCCACCGCUUAAAACAAAUAACCACAUCGAAGAAGAGCAAAAAAAUCGAAUCAGUAUUGCUCUCAAGGAGUGUACCGCCCCAUAUACACGCCCAAAUGAUCGUCGGCUUCAUGGUUUCAACCACGACUUUGCACUUCCAGAUCACAUGACAACGCUUCUUGAGAAACACCCACAGCUGGUUCAUGAUAAUCAAUUUUUAUCUGUUCUGAGUGAUUGGUCAUUAUUCCGUGCCUAUUGCGUUCAGAACGAUUUCAAAGAUGAUCCAAUUCGGGGACAAUUCAUGUACACGAAUCCCGAUUUCUUGAAAGUAGUAGAAAAUAUUCUAUCGACAGUAGGAUCUCGUUACGGAUACGAAAACCUUGAUUAUGCAAACGUGGAAAGAAAUAGACCAGGAAUGCUUGCAGCUCAGCGACCAAUUGGAGGUGCUCAACCGGUUACUCAUGCGUUGCUUCAAAAUGCUCUCCAAGCAGCCCUGGCAAACAUUGCAGUUCCUCCGGCAAAUCGGGUUCCAGCUCCCGCCAAUGUCCAGCCAGCGCAACAGCAGCAAGAAGAGCCAAUGCAGCAAGGAUAUGAACAACAAGCUGCGACUCUCCGCGAGUUUGGAUUUGAAAAUGAUGAGCUCAUUCAGUUGGCUCUCGAACAGGCGAAUGGAGAUGUGCAAGCGGCUAUGGAGUUUCUUAUUGAUCUCCAAAAUUAAUCUACACCAAUGGUUUUAUUCUGUCUUCUCAUUAACUUUUUCUGUCUAUAAGUGUUCAUAAUUCGUUUUUAAUGCAUUCAAAUUGCCCUAUUCAUUCGUCAAUAGGGCUAAAAUAAUCUCAUAUCUGUUUAAAAUAAAGCAGUGAAAUGAAAU